AGCAAUUUCCCUUUCAUCUAUAGAGACGAUCGAGGAACAGACUGCUUGGACAAACUGAAAAUUCAGAAAAUGGAUUUGGAGCAUGUAAAGAGAUUCGUGGAGAAAGAAGGAGGCAAUUAUGAAUCAACAGUUGAUUCAAUGCCCCCAAAUUUCAUAGAGCCAAUGGUUAUGCAAGGUCUCAAAAUCCACCACAUUGAACCCGGCCGUAUUCUUUGCUCUCUCAAUGUCCCAGAUCGCCUUCUGAAUUCUGGGAAUUCAUUGCAUGGUGGGGCCACGGCGGCGUUGGUCGACAUUGUUGGAUCGGCUGUAAUAUUCACUAUGGGUGCUCCGACCACCGGAGUAUCGGUCGAGAUCAAUGUUUCCUAUUUGGAUGCUGCUUAUGCUGGUGAGGAAAUUGAGAUAGAAUCAAAAGCAUUACGUGUUGGAAAGGCUUUCGCAGUUGUAAGCGUCGAGUUUAGAAAGAAAGAGACGGGGAAAAUUAUUGCUCAGGGGCGUCAUACAAAAUACCUGGCUGUAUCCAAAAGACAAACUAUCGAGGAAAGAUUAUUGUUAGAGGAUGCGAAGAAAGAUACAUAAGCGGUAAGCCUCUGUAUGGAACAAUGAACCUUUACAUAAACAAAUUAGACGAAAUAAAAAUGAAAGUUAGAAUGGAAUUCAAUUAGUUUUGUUGGCUGUAUUCUUCACUUUCAGUAACUUGUAAUCCUAAGGCUUCUCCCAUGUUUAUAGUUUUCCU